GAUUUUGAAUUGGCAGCUUGGCAGUUGACCUAUCUCUGUCUAGCACCAAAGAGGGUCUACCGAAAUGUUUACUUCCAUAAACAGACCAAAAAUACAUGGGCAAGGGAUGAUCCUGCGAUUCUGAUCCUCAUAGCAGGGUGCCUAUGUGUGUCAGCCAUAGCAUGGUCCGUGGUAUACUCAUAUUCGCCACUACAAGCCGUGAAGCUAGCACUCUUUAUGAUUCUGCGAGAUUUUCUGCUAGUUGGAGCCGUCAUAGCGACAAUCCUCUGGUUCUUUUCGAACAGAAUGCUACUAUCUCCUCCGUCACACUCUGCCCCUUCAGACUCGCGUGUAGAAUGGGCAUAUGCAUUCGACGUGCAUACCAACGCGUUCUUUCCAUUCUACCUCACGUUAUAUCUCGCGCAGCUCAUCCUGGUGCCCAUAAUCUUGAAGAGCAAUUGGAUUUGUCUUUUCGUUUCCAAUACGCUUUACCUGGCAGCAUUUGCUCAGUAUGUUUAUGGAGUGUAUCUCGGGCUCAAUGCCCUUCCUUUCCUUGUCCGUACAGACCUCCUACUAGCACCAUUGCUCCCACUGUUCACCGGAUAUAUACUGUCGUUGCUCGGCUUCAACAUCGCAAAGCAUGUCUUGCCCAUGUACUUCGGUUCAUAG